AUGAGUUCUAAAGGGACUUCAGUCCUACGGGAACGCAAUGCGGCUACCAAAGAACGGUCGCAGGCUGCUGCCAUGCCGCAAAUAGCGCAAAUGGGCUGGCUGGAGAAGAAAAUAAAGCCUACGAAGAUCAGUGCUCGAUAUCCUGUGAAAGGCACACCCCUGCUCUAUGCAACUUGCGCCUUUGGCAGCUUGGGAGAUGCACUUUUCGGUUACAAUUCUGGUAUAAUGUCCGGCUUGCUGGUCAACCCAGUGUUCGUGUCUCGAUUCUUCAAGAAUUUUGGAGGAGCAGAUGGUUCGACCUCUUCAGUGGACCCUUCCAUCACAGGAAUAUCUGUUGCUUGUCUACAGGCGUCCGCCGCGGUGGGUGCACUUAUCGCAGGUCGACUCGGCGAUAUGGUCGGACGAAAGAAAUGCGUUCGUAUCGGUGCCUUUAUCUACUUCUUCAGUGCAUUCAUUCAAAUGUUUGCCCCAGGUUUUGCCACCUUUGUCGCAGGUCGUACCAUCCAGGGCCUGGGUGUAGGAUUCCUCUCCAUGACAGUGCCAAUCAUCCAGACGGAGAUUGCCGCGCCACAUCGCCGUGGAUUAAUGGUGGGUAUUGAGUACACAUUCUUGAUCGCAGGAUAUAUGCUUUCUUGCUGGGUGGAUUACGGAUUCAACUUCAUGCUGCCAAGUGAGAUGUCAUGGCGAGGCCCGUUUAUCAUUCAGAUUAUUCUAUCUUUCAUCCUGUUGGCCAUGUCAUUCUUCCUCCCGGAAACACCUCGAUGGCUCGCAAUCAAUGGCUUCAUGAAUGAGAGUCUGCAAACGAUCGCAGAUCUUCAUUCCAAUGGCAACACGGAGGAUGAGCAAGUUCAGAAAGUUUUCUACGAGAUCCAGGAAGCAGUCAUCUAUGAAUCUAAUCUUGGCAAAUCCACAUGGAUGGAAAUGUUUACGCGAUACCGAAAGCGAACGAUCGUUGGCAUCACGGUGCAGAUGUUCGCACAGAUCAACGGAAUCAACAUCAUCUCUUUCUACCUCCCAAGCACCCUUGCAAGCGCUGGCUUCGACAAUCGGAAAUCACUAUUAUUCACCGCAGCGAACGCUCUUCCAUAUACCGCAGCAACUAUUGUUACUUGGUGGCUCGCGGACAGAUGGGGCCGAAAGCCUCUCCUGAUACUCGGCGGUCUUACGAUGUCUGUACUACUAGGCAUUGUCUGCGCCUUCACCGAGGCUGGAUUUGACGUCCAGGUGAAGGCAAAUGGCCAGUAUGCAUUUGUCAUGCUGUAUAACAUCGUCUACGGAUUUACUUGGGGCCCUAUGCCGUGGCUGUUGCCAGCAGAGAUCUUCCCGCUCCGAGGUCGCAGUAAGGGCAUGGCAUUGGCCACCACCAGCAACUGGAUCUUCAACUUCGUUAUCGGUAUGGUGUCGCCAGAUGCCUUUGCUGGUAUUCAUGGGUACUUCUACCUUGUCAUUGGCGGAUUUUGUCUGUGUUCGGCUGCACUUGUGCACUUCUAUUAUGUCGAAACAGCAAACCAUACCCUUGAGGAGAUUGCGGUUGCGUUUGGUGAUAGGGCGUUUGCAGACCAGGACACAGAGGUCAUGGAGAUUGCUGAUGCGAAGAGCGAGACAGGAGAGUCUCAAGUGUGA